AUGGAUUUUCAAAAUCGAGCGGGCUCCAAAUUCGGAGGAGGAGGCGUGGCCUCUCACUCUGCGACCAAUGCCGACCGACGAGAACGUCUUCGAAAACUAGCCUUGGAACGCAUCGACCUCGACAAAGACCCAUACUUCUUCAAGAAUCAUGUCGGCAGCUUCGAAUGCCGACUCUGCCUCACGGUGCAUCAAAACGAUGGCUCGUACCUCGCCCACACCCAAGGCCGCAAGCACCAGACCAACCUCGCACGACGCGCCGCGCGCGAGCAGAAAGAGGGCAAGACCCAAGUCGCGGAUGGCAGCUUACUGCCCGCAGGCAUGGGCGGCGUGCAGGUCAAGCGCAAUACGGUAAAAAUCGGACGGCCGGGCUACAAGAUUACCAAGAUCCGCGACCCGCUGACACGUCAGCACGGGCUUCUCUUCCAGCUGCAGUACCAAGAGAUUACGCCGGGCGUCUUGCCGCGCGUGCGGUUCAUGUCUGCGUUUGAGCAGAAGGUAGACGAUCCGCCUGAUAAGAAUUUCCAGUAUUUGUUGGUCGCCGCGGAGCCGUAUCAGACGUGUGCGUUCAAGCUGCAAGCGCGCGAGGUUGAUCGGAGAGAGGGCAAAUUUUGGACGUGGUUUGAUGAGGAUAGCAAGGAGUUUUGGGUACAAAUAUUGUUCAAGACGGAGCGAGAGGAGAGGUACUCUGGCGUGCCUGGUUUAGCACCUAAUUUGCCCCGGCGGUGA